AUGCCUAGGAAAGAAGAAAAAAAAAGAAAGCAAUGGGACGAGAGCAAUAUGGAGCGUGCCAUUAUAGCUGUUCGACGACACGAAAUGGGUACCCUUAAAGCUUCAAAAAUCUUUAAUGUGCCUCGAUCUACUUUGCAACGAUCUGCAAAAAAGAUCGAACUCAAUCCAAGUGAAGCUGCACAAAUAAAAUUAGGGCGUAAAUCUGUAUUAGGUAAUGACAUAGAAAAUGAAUUAGUUCAUUAUAUUUUAAAGAUGGAAGCAAAAUUUUACGGGUUGACAAGGAAAGAUUUAAGGCGGAUGGCUUAUAAUUUAGCUUUAAGAAAUAACAUCAAACAUCCGUUCGGCGGCGAUGCAGCAGGUAAAGCCUGGUUAAGACUUUUCUUAAGACGCCACAAGGAGGUACUUUCUGUGCGACGUCCUACAGGUACCUCAUUUGCCCGCGCGAAAGGAUUUAAUCAGGAAAAUGUCGCAUCCUUUUUUGACAUUUUGGAAAAGGAAUACGAGAGAAAAUUUUACCCUCCUGAUCGCAUAUUUAAUGUUGAUGAAACAGGCCUUACAGUUGUGCAAAAUAAGAUAGCAGAAGUUAUAGGACGAAAAGGCAAGAGACAAAUUGCAUCCUUAACUUUUGCUGAAAGGGGUUCUUUGAUAACUCUCAUAGCGUCAAUGAGUGCCUCUGGCCAAUUUAUUCCACCAAUGAUGAUAUUUCCUCGCAAAAACGAGAAUCAACAAUUAAUGAGGGGAGCUCCACCGGGUGCCAUUAUGGCAGUACAUCCUAGUGGUUGGGUUCAAACUAACAUUUUCACUAAGUGGUUCCAACAUUUUAUUAACAUUGUUAAGCCCACACAAGAGUCCCCAGUGUUGCUGAUUCUAGACGGACAUUAUAGCCACACACGUAAUAUAGAUCUGAUAGAUCUGGCUCGAGCUAAUCAUGUGACUAUAAUUGUUUUACCUCCACAUUGCACUCAUAAGCUACAACCACUAGAUAAAACAUUUAUGGGUGUUCUUAAAGCUUAUUACAGCGAGGAAGUAAGAGUCUGGCUACGCCACAAUAACCGUGCACUGACUGCAUUUGAUGUGGCAGAACUCUUUGGCAAAGCCUAUUUAAAAUCUCAAACUGGAGAAAUUGCCGUCAAUGGUUUUAAGGCCACCGGGAUUUACCCCUUGAACAAAAACCUCUUUUCAGAAGCUGAUUUUAUUGCUGCCGAAAUAGAAGCUGAAAAGAAAUCGAGCUGCCCAAUCGAUCAUGACCUUCAGACACUGGAUACUUCAAACAGUGAAUGUGGAACAGAUCAAAAUAAUUCUUGUGCAGUGCUUUCCUCCCCGAUUCCAUCAAGAUCUGCUACACCAUCUGGUGUAAUUCCAAUGUCCAUUCCUACAAGCAGGUUUUACAAAGCACCCCUUCACCCUACAAAUCAAAACAAUUCUUGUUCAGCUCCUUCUACUUCUAUUUCAUCAGAUUCAAAUACACAGAUUUCAAAUGAAAAGAUGUCUUGUGUGAAAACUAAAAUGUCUUUUCUUUCGACUGCUUCUACAUCGAAAACUGCGCCUUCGCAACAAAAACAAAAAUCAUUUAUAUCACCAUUUGAAAUUUCUCCUGUACCUUCUUUAAAGAAAAAAGCUUCUAAUCGUGGACGUAAGACAAGUAAAUGCUCCGUAGUGACCUCAUCACCGUACAAAGAUGAAUUGACUCAAUCUCUUGAAAGGGUAAAAGGAAAGAAGGUUUUAAAAGUAAAGAAAAAUCUUAAUGUGGAGGGAUCUGUUACCCAAAAGAAGCGGCGCAAGAGGAAGUCAUCUAGUUCGAGCAGCGAAUCCGAGAAGGAGAACUCUAACACUGGUUUUGUGGCCGCAGAUGAUGACAGCGACUAUAACGAGUUUCCUGAUUCCCAAAUUCCACCAGAAGAUAGUGAUGUAAAAUGCCUGUUUUAUCUGCUCGAGCAACUUUCAAGGAAAGUAGAUACCUUAUCCAAUGAUGUAAAAUUAUUUUUAAUGUCUGGGAUUCAAAGAACUGCAGUGUUAGAAGAUCCCACAGAAAAUGAAUAUUUGGCAAAACUUCCGUCCACAAUUUACAAGGAGUUAAAAGAGUUUGAAGAGAAGUUAAAAAAUCAAGAGUUUUUCCAGUCUAUGUUUCUAAAAAAACUGUAUGAUGCUCGAGAGGGUAGUUUUCAGUCGGAUAGUGCUGCAGGGCUGGAAGAAGAUACAGAAACGCAGGGCUCCACUGAAAAUAUUGAGAAUGCUUCUCAGUCAUUUGAUACACCAUCCACACAACUCCCACCCAAAAGCGUACGUCAGACAAGAACCAAAAAACAUAAAAAAUCCGAUGAAAUCAAAAUGAAAAUGUUAAGAGCUCUGGAAGCAGAUAAACCAUGA